UUUAAAUAAAUUUUUAAAUACUUUUACUUACAAUAGUUUGCUGCACUUAUUUUAUUUUAAUCAUGACUUCCAAUAUUAUGAUAGAUUUUUCUAAAAAGGCUAUAGUCUUCAUCACAGGUGCUUCUAGAGGUAUUGGUAGAACAUUGGCAAUUGAAAUAUGCAGAAAAUUGAAACAAAGUUCUAUAUUAGUUUUAAUAGCACGAUCUAAAGCUGGACUUGAAGAAACUAAAUUUCAUAUUGGUGAAAUAAAUAAAUCAGUUCAUGUGGACACUGUUUCAUUAGAUCUCUCUAAACCAGACAUUAACGAAUACAAUGAUGUUUUCAAAAAGGUACUAAGCAAUAUAAACACUGAAGAUGUAAAAACUGGAAUAAUUUUUCACAAUGCAGGGCAUGUUGCAACUAUUAAACAAACAACAGAUUUAACAGACUUGGCCGUUUGGAGAAAGUUUUAUGAUAUGAAUUUGUUCUCAUGCGUUUUAUUAAACAAUGUAUUUAUUAAAAGCCUUAGACCCGUUGUACCAAAAUUAGUAGUAAUUAAUAUUACCUCUCUUACUGGCCAUGUUCCAUUAAAGAAUCUAAGUAUGUAUGGUUCAGGAAAAGCUGCACGUGAACUAUUUUUUAAAGUAUUGGCUCUGGAGGAGCCAAAUAUAAUUGUUCUUAAUUAUAGUCCUGGUCCUGUAGAUACAGAUAUGUUUCAUUAUAUUGCUGAAACAGCUCAGUCCGAAGACCUUCGCCAGUCUUUUAACGAUAUUAAGAACACGAUCAUUUUAACUACAAUCAAAACUGUUAAUAGGAUGUUGAAUGUAUUAGAAAAAGGUGAUUAUAAGAGUGGAGAUACCGUCGAUUUUUAUGACAGACUUUAAUUGAAUCAGUCAUUUUGAAAAGGGGUCACCUCCACUUUUUUAAAUUUUCCAGAAGAGGUAAAAAACUUUUUAUCUUUAAGACUAUUAGGAAAAUAACUGUUUUUAUGUAUUUUUUGGUUUUAAUCUUUACUAUACAAGCUGACGAAUACUUAAAAAUAUUUUUUAAAUUUUAAAAGACCUAGAAACCGCAAUUUCUUGAAGAAGAGAUGACCCGUUUUCAAAAUGAACAGGUAUUAAAAGAAAAAAUAGUCAUCAUAAUGUGAAAAUUGUUUAUUACACACAUUAAACUGUUAAAUACAAGCUGAUGAAUAUUUUAAAA